CUUAACAAAUCUAUUGGCGGGAUUUGUUUAACUGUCAGGUUACGAAGUCAACAAAGAAUUCAUCAAAUAUCCAGACUGUUAAUUUAACUUAACUAUUUACUAAUAAAAUAAGCAAUGUCCUCGCUACAGCCUAUUCAGGCAUUGAGCUUAGAUUCUGUUCAGCAGCAGGCUUUCAUCAAAUAUUUUCACUCUUUACCAGAGAAACCCGCGACAACAGUGAGGAUUUUUGACCGCAAUGACUACUACAGCGUCCAUGGAGCUGACGCAUCGACCGCAGCCAGGGAAGUUUUUAGCACUGUUGCCAAUAUCAAGAAGAUGGGCCUUGAACCUAAUAAGCUCGACUACCUCGUACUUUCCAAAGGAAACUUCGAGAUUCUCAUCAAGAAACUUUUGCUGGUCAGGCGUUAUAGAGUAGAAAUAUACGUAGCUGAAGGCUCCGUGAAAGGCAGCGAUUGGUCACUAAAAUACAAAGGAUCGCCUGGCUACUUGUCACAAUUGGAAGAAAUUCUGGGCGAGGGAUUAGGAGCUUCUGACGAUACCACACCCUGUUUGAUAGCAGUGCAUAUCAAGACCGAUGCUGUUACAAAAGGCCGACUCCUAGGCGUAGCUUGCGUGACAGCCGGUGACUAUCAGAUGUCAGUGACUGAGUUCACUGACGAUGAUUUGCUAACGGAGUUGGAAACUAUCACGGUUCAGAUGGCGCCUUCUGAAUGCCUUGUGCCUAUUAGUGAACAUGACGAUUACAAAGCAUUAAAAAAAGUGAUGGAAAGAACAAACGUGACUGUAACUAAAUUGAAGAAGAGUGAGUUCUCAACUGAAGGGCUUAUACAAGAUUUGAAUCGACUGCUGAAAUUCAAAGAGAAUCAGCAGCAGGAUGCGAACGCAUUUCCAGAGACAAGCAAAGAGGUUGCCAUGACCUGCUUGGCAGCAGCUAUUAAAUACUCGGCACUACUCAAUGAUAGCACCAACUUUGGAAGGUUUCGUAUAUCGACAAUUCAAGCUGAUUGUUUCCUACACUUGGACUCCGCAGCAUUAUCAGCUCUCAACGUGUUUCCUGAACUCGGAGACACAUCGCAUGCGCCUUCUAGAAGUUUGUACGGGUUGCUCGAUAGAUGCCGCACACAACAGGGGAAACGUCUUCUAGCCCAAUGGCUACGCCAACCGCUCCGAGACAUUAACUUAAUUAACGAACGCUUAGACAUUGUCGAGUUACUAAAGUCCAACUCCCAACUUCGUUUACAAUUGCACGAAGACCAUUUGAGACGGAUACCUGACUUGCAAGCCUUGGCAAGAAGGCUUACAAGAAAGAAGGCCAACUUACAAGACUGUUAUAGAAUAUAUCAGGCUAUCAACAGACUGCCAUCUUUACUGCGCUGUUUAGCCGAAGCGGAGAACCCAACAGUUCACUCAUCGAUUACUGAACCAAUCUCAGAGCUGAAUGAAGAUCUCGGCAAGUUCCUCGAGAUGAUAGAAACUACCGUUGACAUGGAAGCUGUUGACAGAGGUGAUUUCCUCGUAAAGCCAUCGUUCGACGAGCAACUACAAAGCCUAAGUGAACAGUUGGAACAAAUGCAAUCUUCAGCUGACAAAGAACUAAACAAGGCCGCUAAAGACCUAGGCCUCGAUGCAGGCAAGACUAUCAAGUUAGAGAGUAACCCACAGAAUGGAUUCUGUUUGAGAGUAACAAAGAAAGAAGAGCAAACUUUACGCGGAAAUAAGAAAUAUACCGUUAUAGAUGCUGUGAAGGGAGGCGUGAGAUUCAAAACUAAAGCGUUAGAGAAUAUCACUGAAGAAUAUACCACGAUCAAAAGUAAUUAUGAGCGGGAACAAGAUAAAGUAGUUGCUGAGAUAGUUGGUAUUGCAGCGGGCUACUCAGAAUGUUUAUUCUGUCUAUCACACAUAUUGUCUCGGCUCGACGUGUUAGUAUCGUUCUCAGUGGCGGCGGCUUCAGCACCACAUUCCGCGUACAUUCGACCCACUAUUACUGAAGAUCUUAAUGAAUUGGUACUGAAGGAAUUAAGACAUCCUUGCUUGGAAGUCGCUGAAGGCGUCUCUUAUAUACCUAAUGAUGUUGUGUUUAAAAGAGGAACAGGCGUAAUGCACAUAGUAACAGGCGCUAACAUGGGCGGCAAGUCAACGUGGAUGCGUUCCUGCGGCGUCGCCGUCGUGCUCGCCCAUGCCGGGUGUCCCAUACCCGCCGCAGCAGCGAAGAUACCUAGACUGAAGGCUCUGGCCGCACGUAUCGGUGCGUCUGAUGCCGAGGCUAAGGGACACAGCACGUUUAUGAGAGAAAUGAUUGAUACUGCUGCUAUACUCAGGACAGCAACACCAGACUCGCUGGUCUUGAUCGAUGAGUUGGGACGAGGAACUUCCACUUAUGAAGGCUGCGGUAUAGCUUGGGCCAUUGCUGAGGAACUAGCAACAAAAAGCCAAUGCUUCUGUCUGUUCGCGACCCACUAUCAAGAGUUAACCCGGUUAGCCAGCACCCACCCGGGCGUCAUCAUCAACUCUCACGCCGAAGCCUCGGUCGUCAACGGCCAGUUGUUGCUGCUGCAUCGCAUCGCUCCCGGACCAGCCAUGCAUUCCUUAGGACUGCACGUCGCGAAGCUAGCUGAUCUCCCUGAUUCUAUUAUUGAGUAUGCUGAAGCUAAACAGGCGCAACUUGAAAUCAACUUGUUCGACGUAGAAGCAGCUGUCCAAUCUGAAGAAACAACGGAGGGUCACAAAUUAAUUGUAGAGUUCUUACGUAAGUGUAAACAAAUACAAGAAAGUUCGCCAUCCGAUGGCUUGAUGAUGGAGGAAAUAACGAAACUAAAACAAGAAUUGUUGCAAACUCAAAAUAAAUACGUGGAAUCUCUUAUGGCAUAAGUUUCUUCUUGUGAUAAUAAAUAACUUUUUACAUUUUUUUAA